CCAAGAUUGGCCACUGAUAAAAGAUGAAGCAUUUAUGCUACAUGAUCUGCCUGUUGGGAAUGCUAGUAUAUGGUGGUUCUUCUUUAAAAGUUCGAUAUGAUGGUGACCAGGUCCUUAAAAUUACCCCACAAACAACAGAUCAAGUUCGAUAUUUGCAAGCGUUAAGCAAAGAAUGGCAGCUGGAUCUAUGGAAGCCUGAUUCAGCCGAAGAAAUUCAUGAAGGCAGAGAGACUCAUAUCCAGAUACCAUUUUCUCGUAUUCAGCUGAUGAAAGAAAAUCUUCUCGGACAAGGAAUUCCUUUUACGAUUAUGAUUAGCGAUGUGCAAAAGUUAAUAGAUAAAAAUGCUCAAAGUGGGAAGACCAUGCAAAGGAAUCAGAUAUCAUCGAGAAAUUAUAAUUAUACCAUAUACCACCCAAUGGAUGAGAUUUAUCAAUGGAUGGAAGAUAUUGAAACAAACCACGGUGAUCUGGUAACAAAACAUUAUCUGGGAAGUACAUACGAAAAUCACUCAAUCUACUAUUUAAAACUUGGAUUGCCUUCAAACAAGAAAAAGAAAGCAUUUUUUAUGGAAUGUGGAAUUCAUGCUCGGGAAUGGAUAUCUGUUGCUUACUGCCAGUGGUUUGUAAAGGAGAUUAUUUCAAAUUAUAAAGAUGAUUUCAACCUCACCAAAGUUCUCAAACAAGUUGACUUUUAUGUGAUACCGGUGCUCAAUGUUGAUGGCUAUAUUUACAGCUGGACAACGGACCGCCUCUGGAGAAAGAAUCGAUCAGUGCAAGAAAAUGGAACAUGCUAUGGGGUGGACCUAAAUCGAAAUUUUGAUUCUCAUUGGUGUAGUACUGGAGCCGAUUCAGUCUGCGAAAGCUUUAUCUAUUGUGGUCCAUCCCCUGCUUCAGAAAUGGAAACUCAAGCUUUGGUCGCCCUUGUUGAAGAACAUAAAACUGAGAUUCUGUGCUAUUUAAACAUUCACUCCUAUGGGCAGCUGAUCCUAUAUGCAUAUGGCUACACGUAUAAUAUAUCCGAGAACAAUGAUGAGUUGGCAAGUAUUGCAAAAAUAGCUGUUGAAAAGAUUAUGGAAAGAUACAACUCUUAUUACAUACAAGGACGGGCAUCCGCAACAUUAUAUACUCUUUCUGGGUCUUCUUCAGACUGGGUCACUGACCUCAAAAUAAAUUUGUCUUACACCUUUGAACUAAGAGAUGAAGGAGAUUAUGGGUUUGAACUUCCACCGGACCAGAUUGAGCCUACAUGUGAAGAGACUAUGGAUGCUCUAAUGGGCAUCAUUGACUACAUUAAUGAAAACUACCUUGAAGAUAAUGCAGUGUCCAUAACUUCAGUGUGGAUGACCAUACUGCUUUCAUGUGCUCUUCAUAUUUCUUAUUCUAUAUUCAAUUAA